AUGUUGCUGCCUACCGCUCGCCAGGACAAACUUGUUCGGGCAACGGAUUUAGAUGCCCUCAGCUGUAAGGUUUGCGCUAGUACCAAAGGCUAUUUCGGGGAAAAAGACCGAUUUCUAGCUCCGUUGGUCGCUUCAUACAAAUCAAAUCUCCAAUUCUGCGAUGGAUAUACGGCACUUUCUGCCGAACGGACGCUUCGUGCUGCAUUUUCCACCGCAAAAUUCCCCCUUAUCAACCGCGGAACGUUUCUUCGCACGCGGGCCCUUGACAUGGUUGUUGAUCGGUUUGUGCUGGAACAGAAGAAGUGCCAGGUGCUCGCAUUAGGCGGUGGCUCGGAUACGAGAGCGUUUCGUGUUUUGGAGAAGUAUUCGCAGGUGAAAUAUAUGGAGGUUGACUUUCCGGAGCUGGUUAAGAUCAAGAAAUUGGCCAUUCUGAAGCUGGAAAUACUACAGGCUGCAGUGGGUGCAAAUGAAGGCAUUGAUCUGAUUGAAGUGACUUCUAAGGAAGAGCUUCGCGAUAUGUAUAGUGAUUUUGUAACGGAGCGGUAUGCAUUAGUCGGAUUUGAUCUACGGCUCUGUUCCAAGGGUGACAAAGCUCAGGCAGCUGCGGCAUUCCUGUUCUUGGAUCCAUCCCUUCCUACACUCAUAAUCAGCGAGUGUGUUCUAUGCUAUUUGUCACCUGGAGAUUUCGUUGGUGUGCUCCGCUUCUUUGGAGACUUCUUGGAACAUCCUUCGCUCAUACUCUUUGACCCCAUGUCUUUGGGAGACGGGUUUGGCCACUCUAUGGUAUCUAAUCUCAGCAACCGUGGAAUUGAUCUUCAAACGUUCCAGACAUUCCCGACAUUGGAGUCUCGCCAGGCGCUCUUAGAAGAACAAUUGGGUUUUAGCGCUUACCUCACAGAUAUGGCUGCAGUUGGAGGCUUUUCCGUGCCGGAUCUGAACUGGCUAUCGCAAGAGGAGGUGCAGAGAAUAUCAAGCCUCGAAAUGAUGGACGAAGUGGAGGAAAUUACGCUUAUGCUCCGACACUAUUCACUCAUCUACGGCGAGAAGAAUCAGCGGGCUCAUUUCCCGGAAGAACUUCAAUGGAAGCUACAGCCGAAGUAUAAAUGA